AUGGUCGCAUUUAUGAAUCAAAAAAAUCUCACUUAUAAUCGUGAACGUUGGCAUGAAUUUCCAUUUUAUUAUAAGCCAUUUGAACCGUAUCAAAUUAUUAAAGAUUUAACAAUUAUGCCUGGUGCUACACUUACAAUUGAAAAAGGUGUCGAAGUGCAUCUUUGGCCAAAUGUACGUAUUCUUGUGUUGGGUAAUUUAAAAGCUGAAGGAACAUUUUGGGAACCGAUACGUUUUAAGCCAAUUAACGUAACGGAAUAUGCGGAACAACGUGAUACACGUGUAAUACGCCAAAAACGCUCAAAUCAUUGUUCCAUUCAAUCUAACAGUACUAUUUGCCAAUAUCAAAUAAAGCGACAAGUUGAAUGGUUAAUUUACCUAUAUUAG